CGUGUUUCCUGCAAGCUACACCUUUUACUUUUGAGCCUCAACAUCAACUUAUUUAAUCGCACCUGGUAUACAGGCCACGCUAUCUUCAUCUCGAUGACCUCUGAAUAUGCCAAAGUUACUGACAAUAUUGUGUAAAAAACUAGGCACCUAAGGUAUUCUAAGUUAUCAUCACAAUCCUAGCAGCUGCCAGUUGCCUUAGCGCCAAAUUGAGGCAUCUGGAGUUGAAUCAUCUUCAAGUUUUGACAGGUGUUGAGAGUCGAAAAGGUGUAAUCAUAAUGUCAAACGCCGCACCUUCCAGUGCUGGUGGUGCAGUUCCAGGCAACAACUUCACAGGUUCCCAGCAGCCUGCCUCAACUUCUAGUGCUGCACCGACCACCAGCGCAGCGGCGUCAUCCUCCGGGACAGCCAGCAAUAAUCAGAAUCUUAACCAGAUAGUGACGGAUUAUCUGCUUAAGAAGGGCUAUCGGCGCACAGAAGAGAUCUUCCGUCAAGAGGUUAAGGAUAUCGACGAGAAUGGAAAGCCUAAGGAGAAUGGUGACGGAACUACUUCCGCAAAGUCGUUCCCCGCUGGAAAAUAUCUAGCGGCAUUCAAGCAUUUCGACGUAUGGGUUCAAGGAGGUCUAGAAGUGUACAAGUUCGAGUUGAAGAAGUUUUUGUGGCCUCUCUUCAUCUAUUCGUAUCUCCGAUUGGUUAAACAGGGAUCUUCUGCACACGCUCACGAGUUCAUGGAAGAGCUGCGAGGUCGCUUCGAGAAGUCUCACCCAGAUGAAGUGAAGACUUUAGCAACUAUCACUCUACCUCCACAUGUCCAAGACGCUGUGAUUGCCACAACCUAUCUGAGUAACCAAUACUCGAUCCCCCUGAGCAAGUCGUUGGCCGCAACCUUGUUUAGCUUUCUAGAACGCGAGUACGAUCAAGGUGGAGGCAUUAUCAUUGACCUCAUCACUCAGCAUAUUCGCGUUGAUUCAGUUGAUCGCGGUCCCAUCGAACCAUUUAGCUUCGAGGCCAUCUAUCGCCGUUCUCGACAACAAGACCUCGAUGAAGUUGACGUCCAAGAAGGUAUUCCUGGUAUGCCUGGCCACAGCGGUUUGAUGAACCGCACCCUUCUCGAUGAGAAGGCCAUGCUCAAGUUAGGCCCAAUCCAGAUGGAAUCGGAGCUUCGAGAGGAUGUCGUUGCUGAACUUGAGGAGGAGGAUAAGCUCCACCCACCUCGAGAUGGCUAUCGUUCAUUAGUCGAAGAGUUCAAUGCGAUGAAUCCCGUGAAGAAGGAAGCGGUCGAUUCUCCCUCGGAGAUUCCAUACCCCCCCUCAAGGGCCAGAGAUGUCGUGAUGGAAAUGCAGAAGACUCGAGAGAAUCGCGACCGUUUCAAGAUUGACACCAGUAAUGGUGCUCAAGGUGCCGGAGUUACUAUCCACAUGUGGACAUUCCACAACCACCUUGGAGCGAUCUCCUGCAUGGACUUCUCUAAGGAUCAGAACUACGUGGCUGUGGGGACAGUAGACUCUUAUAUCCGCGUUUGGAGUGUGGAUGGAAAAGAGCUGAAGUCUCUCAUCCCUACGGACAAAACGCGUUCGAAUAACCGCAAGCUAUUCGGUCAUUCUGGUCCCGUCUACAGUGUGGCCUUCUCAGACGCGAUCACCAACCUUGACCGUAAUAUCUACGAGGGUAUGCCCCAUCCUGAGAGUAAGCCCGACACGCGUCCUAGCUUACUUCUCUCAUGUUCGGCCGACGGCCAGGUACGAUUGUGGUCACUUGAUGUUUGGGCCUGCAUAUGCAUCUACAAAGGCCAUGACGGCCCUGUAUAUUCCGUCUCUUGGAGUCCGUAUGGUCACUAUUUCUUAACUGGCGGUUGGGACAAGACCGUAAGAGUAUGGAGUCAGGAUCAUUCUACGGCGAUUCGUUUUCUUGUUGGUCACGACACCGCGAUCUCUGCCAUCACCUGGCACCCCAAUGGAUCAUACGUGUUCUCAGCUUCUGAUGAGAUCGACAAAUCCAUUCGCAUGUGGGCUGUUCAGGAUGGGCAAUGUGUCCGCAUCUUCAACGGCCAUGUGGAGUUCAUCUCUGCGUUGGAAUGCACCCCUAACGGUAAAAUCCUUGCGUCGGCUGAUAUUGCCGGCAACAUUAUCCUAUGGGACAUCGAGAAAGGAACGCGCAUCAAGCGCUGCCGUGGCCAUGGUCGUGGUGGUAUCUGGUCGCUUAGCUUUUGUGUCGAGAGCACUGUACUCGCAUCUGCCGGACAAGACUGCACCGUGCGUCUCUGGGAUGUAGAGAUGCCACCCGAGGGUCGCGUCGUUAAUCAACAGGAUGGCGACAACAUUAACGCGGCCGGGCAGGGCGACGCCAAGCAGCCUGGACAGGCGCAGUCCGCAAGUGGUGCCGCAGGCACGGGAAAGAAGAAGGGCAAGGAGGUGAUGAUUACACCGGACCAGAUCAGCGCGUUCCCGACCAAGAAGACUAGCGUAAAGAAAGUCCAAUUCACGAGAAUGAAUCUCGUGCUUGCCGGUGGAUGUUAUCAACCGGAGACCCAGGAUGCCGGUCGUUAGGUUUCAUUUAACCGGUACCAUACUCUUACCAGGGAGACUCUAUUCUACGAUAUAAAAACUCCCGUAUUACAGAAUGUUACGACGUUCUUUCGACAGAUACCUAAGACUUGUGUUUUUGGCAAGCCUCUUGCAGGCCCCCAACCUGCUCUACACAUACUUACCAUCGAUUUAAGCACGAUGGCCUCUAGGUGUCGUUACGCAAACCCCUUUCAUCACACUCGAGCCUACUGGUCGUUGUGAUGGUUGUUGAGACUCGCUUGUAUUAGCAGCCCCGAAAUAGGAAGGGCUUGGAAGUUGAUUGUCGGUCUGCAGUUGUGUUUGUCGCCUACCAAGUAGCUUAGCUACUUCGACAUCACGCAUGUUUGAUCCUGUCUCUUUAGAGAUAGUUUAAUGGCAAUCCCAUAUUAACAUUUUAAUCCCUGCUGCUUGAU